CAUGUUCUUAAUAAAGAGGUAGGCCUAAUGCAUAGUUAUUUAUAAUUAAUUAAGUGUACGAUUAAAAGCAUGGAUUUGCAUACAUGAUUUAAAAUUUCAUUUGCUCCUAAGGUAUUUCCGCUGCGGAUUUUACGUGUUCUAAAAUGGCCAGUAAAGGUAUUAAAGGAAAGGCGAAAUGGCUGGUGUAUCUAAAUCAUUUCAUAAUAGGAUGGGACGACAAUAUCUGGUGGUUUGCCCUCGGUCUGUUUCUGAUAGAGAUCACACCUCAGAAUCUACAGUUUACUGCGAGUUAUGGCCUAGUUGGCGGUAUUGUGGUCUUGUUGUUCGGGACAGUGGUUGGUGACUGGGUGGAUAGAACAUCGAGACUUACCGUUGCUCGAACAACAGUCCUCGUUCAGAAUUCAGCCCUUAUUGUCUGCUGUAUAAUUGUGUACGUUGUUAUAGAGUACAAAACCGAUAUCGCCGAGGUUCUUCCGAAUGAAGGCCUACUGCGCAUGUGCUAUGCUCUAAUCAUAAUAAUUGCCAUUUUGUCAAACUUGACAAAUAUGGCGCGAAAGACAGCCAUCGAGAGGGACUGGAUUGUGGAAAUAUGUGAUAAAGACCCUGAUAUGCUUGCAAGUCUGAGUGCAACCAUGCGGAGAAUCAGCUUGCUGACAAUGGUUAUAGCACCAAUAGUCACAGGUCAAUUACUUAGUAGGACCUCCCAUAGCACAGGUGCACUUGUAGUCGCCGGAUGGAACUUUAUCACAAUUUUCGUUGAGUAUGCCCUUCUAUGGAAAAUAUACCAAGAGGUGCCUCAACUUAGCAGAGAGAAGAUCAGAGAAGAACGUCAUAUGAUGUUUAUUGAACAUAUGCAGGGCGUCGAUGUGAUAAUGGAGUUUAAUGAUUUGGAAGAAAAAGACACUAAAGUUCCCAACCAGAAUGCUGACAAGGACGUCAUCAAGGAGUCAAAACUUGAAGACGACAAACCGAAGUAUACAUUCUGGACAAGUCUUUGUGCCAGCUAUUUUACUUUGAGGCGUGGAUGGAAAAUAUUCAAAAAUUAUGAAGUAGCAUUUGCUGGACUUGCUUUAGCGUCACUUUACCUGACUGUUCUUGGAUUUCAUAGCAUUACUAUUGGUUAUGCUUAUUCACAAGGAUUGAGUGAAGAUCUGAUUGGCGGCCUGGUAGCAGCAGCGGCAUGUUCUGGCAUUAUUGGAACCUUUCUGUACCCGAAGAUAAGACACCAGAUUGGUUUACAGCGAACAGGACUCUACGCUUUAGCGGCAGAAGUGUCCAGUCUUACUCUGUGUGUCAUUUCCAUAUUCUGUCCCGGAAGUCCAUUUGAUCCACUCUAUUUUUCACGUAAUUCAAAUGCCGAAAUCGAUAGCGAAAACUUAAUCGAGUAUACUACGUCGUUUUCAAACAAUAUUACUACUUUUAAUGUAACGACUGAGCCAAUGACGGAUUCAGCAUCAGCAGUGACAUCAUACGUGUCCAUAUCACUCCUACUAACGGGAAUAAUAGGAGCUCGUAUAGGUUUGUGGCUGGCUGACCUAACGAUUACCCAGUUAUUUUUAGAAAGUGUUGACGUCACAGAACGUGGAAUUGUUGCUGGUGUACAAAACGCACUUAACGAGCUCAUGGACAUGCUAAAAUAUGCGAUAGUGAUUUUACUUCCGGUCCCGGAAGUAUUCGGAUACCUUGUCAUCAUAUCGUAUUGUUUUAUAUGCCUCGGUUGGAUAUUAUUUGCCGUUUAUGUAAAGAAAGUACGUGGUUACGUGUUUCCUUGUUUCAAACCAAAAGCAAAUUAUGACCUCAAAAGCGAUAUUUGAAAUAUUUGCGGGAAAAGAAUGUCUCAUUUAUUGUAUGCUUAUAUGUUAUAUAGAAUUUUCAUCUCUCAAAAUUCACAAAAAUAUAAAUCCAUUUCAUCAAUUUAGAUGGAUGUUUAAUUUAUCAAUAGGAAGCUUUGUAUAGUGGUAACACAUUUCUUUGAAGAUAUAUUGUUCUGUUGAAAAAAUGAAAAUUUGAAUACAAUGAAAAAUUA